UUUGAAGCACAUUUACACACAUUUCUUGUAAUCAAAUAAAACUUUUUUGUGAAUUAAAUUUGAUUUGAAUUUAAUUUUUUUGUUUAACUGUUGACUCGUUUAACACAUUCACAAACAAUGAGAGCUUUGGCCAGACUUUGCUCACAAGUGGUGAACAUUUCAAUGAAUAGGACUGGAUUUCUGGUCAACAGAUCGCAGAUAAUGAGGACAUGUCUGCAGCGAUGGACGCAAACGCAGACAUUGACGACGGCUGCCGAUGGGCUGAUCCAACCGCCGGCCGCCUCUAUAGACGACAAACAAUAUCCCGAAAAGAUUGUCAAAAUAGUGGCCGACAUCUCAAACCUGACGCUCAUUGAAGUCUCAGAUCUCAAUCAAUUGCUUAAAAAAACGUUAAACAUUGCGGACACACCGAUGAUGGCUAUGGGAGCUAUGCCUAUGGCCGCCGCCGCACCCGCAGAGGAAGAGGAGGAAGAGGUGGCCUCAAAGACCGUUCAGACGUCCUUCACGUUAAAACUCAAUAAGUUUGACGACACGAAGAAAGUGGCGCUCAUUAAGGAGAUUAAAGCAGUGGUUGAGGGCAUGAAUUUAGUUCAGGCCAAGAAGUUUGUGGAAUCGGUUCCGCAGAUAAUUAAAGCUAAUCUACCUAAAGAUGAGGCCGAGAAACUGAAGACAGCCCUCGAGGCCGUCGGCGGUGUCUGUGCUAUUGAAUAGGCGUUUAAUUCAUAUAUUGAAACCAUUAUAUCGAUAGUCUUUUCUAUGUUUUAAAAGUUGUCAUAAAAUAUAUAGUAAAUUGUUUUCUAAAAACAGUAGUAAUUUUCAAUAAUAAUAAAAGUUAUUUAAAUUUGAAAUAAUUUAAA